AUCAUGAAGCUAGCUCCAAUCUUGUUGCUUGUCGUCGUGGUCGUCUUCGCAGCUGAAGAGAAGGAGGAAGAACGUCCCAAAACAUUCAGAAGACUCAUCCCUGCUGACGUUCUUCGCGAUUUCCCUGGUAUGUGCUUCGCGUCUACAAGAUGCGCUACUAUUGAACCAACAAAAUCAUGGGACCUGACUCCGUUCUGCGGCCGUUCCACGUGCGUGCCAGCCGAUGACAAUUCAGGACGUCUGUUCGAGCUCGUCGAAGACUGUGGACCGCUCCCAAAGGCGAAUCCUAAAUGCAAACUUUCGGACAAGACCAACAAGACCGCCACUUUCCCCGAUUGCUGUCCUGUCUUCGAAUGCGAGGACGGCGCGAAACUCGAAUACCCGGAUAUCCCAACUCUGCCGCCGCCCACGGAAAUCGUAGAAACCGAGAAGACACCGGAAGCGGCCCCGGCGAAAGCUUAACUUUCAAACGUGGAACGUGGCCUCUGCAAAAUCAAUUUGAACGAUCGAUUAAACAGCAGAAAUCGAGACUGUUAAAUUAAAUGGAAAUUAAAAUCGUUUACGUCGACAUCUUCGAUCUGUAAUUUUUCUGUCGUCGAAAUAAUUGAUGAUUUACUGGUCGCUCGUAUGGUACUCUGAAGAACAAAAAAAAAAAAAAAAAACGAAAAAAACUUACUUCGGUUUGAAAAAAUAGUCGCAAUUUAAGAGAAUUAAUUCAAACAAAUGUUAAUUACCUUUGCCUACGAAAUAAGUAUGUAUUGCUUUCAACGUCGCAUAUCGGUGCAUAUUAUUUCGUCACCAACAGGCCACGCUGCAACUUCCUGUUACCCUUCAAUGCAAUUCAUGCGAGACUAAAAUUAUACGCUGUAUAUAAUUUCUGUAUCACUUAGAAUUUCUAUACGAUAAUAUAAAAAUUACAACAUUCCACGUAGACAAAUGUAAGGUUAACGGAAGCGUUGUCGUUAAUACGCGGUACAUCGUUAGCGUUAAUGAUUCGGCAUCAACCCUCAGUUUCUUCGGUUUCCUAGUCUUAAAAACAAGAGUCAGAUGCUCCUGUUCAUUCUGUAAUUGCACUUUUUUAUAGUAGUAGAAAACUAAUUUUUUUCCAUUUCUUUCUCCGACAGUAGAAGGUUCUGCGUAUGUAAUGUAAAAAAACAUGUGUGACUGUAAUUAUAUGUGAGUAAAUUAAUACCUAUUUAAUUCAACAAUA